AUAAAACUUCUUGGGUUAAAGGUCUUUCAGUUGUUACUAUCACGAGACAAUAUUCUGCUAAACUAUUCCACUAUAAAUUCUAUACGAUUCGCGACUACUUGAAAUAAAUAAUAAAUUUCUUUUAUUUCUCUUGCAGUAUCAACAGAAAAAAAAUGCUGCAAUUAAUAUUCAAAUUUAUUAUUUUACAAUUCUUUUUCUUUGAAUUCUUACAAGCUGAACCUGUUGUGAAAAUUGAUCAAGGAAUUCUUAGUGGAACAAAUUUUCAAACAAAAGGCAAUAGACUAAUUUCUGCCUUCCUCGGAAUUCCUUACGCUGAACCUCCAAUUGGAAAUCUCAGAUUUAAAAAUCCACUACCAGCGGGAAAAUGGAACGGAAUUCUUUCGGCUCAUCAGGAGGGAAAUUCUUGUGCUCAAGUAGAUUUCCAAAAUAAUAUCAAUGGCAAGGAGGAUUGCUUGUAUUUAAAUGUUUACACCCCAUAUUUGGAUUUCAACAAUUUGGAGGAGAAUGAAUUGUUGCCGGUGAUGGUGUGGAUUCAUGGUGGAGGAUAUUUUUUUGGUGACAGCAGUCCAAGUGUUUAUGGACCAAAUUAUCUUCUCGAUAAAAAUAUUCUACUUGUUUCAAUGAAUUAUCGUUUGGGAAUUUUUGGAUUUUUCACCACUGGCGAUUCAGUGGCACCGGGAAAUUUUGGCCUCAAGGAUCAAGCUCUUGCCUUAAAGUGGGUUCAAAAGAAUAUCAAAAAUUUUGGCGGUGAUCCAAAUCGAGUGACACUCUUUGGAGAGAGUGCAGGCGGUGCUUCUGUUAAUUUACACGCAAUCUCAGACGCAUCGAAUGGACUUUUUCAACAGUACAUAAUUCAGAGCGGAAGUGCCCUGUGUCCUUGGGUUUUUCGCAAUAAAAUUGAAUAUAAACCUUUGAUAAAUGCAAUUGUGGGAAAAAUCGAUUGUUCUUGUGAUGAUUCUGAACAUGUUGUCGAUUGCUUACGAAAUAAGAGUGUGGAAACUUUAUUAAGGGCGAAGAAAUCACUAGUUAAUAAUUUUCCCUCACUGAUCUGGGUGCCGACUGACGAAUUAAAUUCUGAAGAUGCAUUUUUGACCGAUAGUCCUAAGAAUUUAAUAGUGAAAAAUAAAAUGAAGGAUCAACCUUUCAUGAGUGGAACUGUCGUCAACGAAGGCCUGCUUCAAACUCUACCUUUCUUCGCGGAGAAAACACCAAUUGAACGAAUUCUGCUUUUUUUGGAAAAAACUAUUAAUUUAACGUCAAGAUACUAUUCAAAUUCGGAAGAUGUGAAUCAAUUUAGAGACUCGAUUGAAAAUUACUACUUCAAUACAUCAAUUCACUCUAUUGCCAAAGAUCAACUUUUGAAUAAUUACACGGAUUUUGUAAGUGACAGUGGUUUUCUCUAUCCACAAUCAGCAAUGAUGGAUAAAAUUGCUAAAGUGAUGAAAAGUCCAUUCUAUUUUUAUUCAUUCGGCUAUUAUAGUUUGAAUAUGAAUAAAAUUUUCGAUAUUUUUGAUAUUAAAAAAAAUGUCGGUGUACCGCACGCUGAAGAACUUGGAUUUCUAUUUUCAUCGAAUACUACGAGUGCAAUAAAUGAGAACGAUGAAUUUGUUCUUAAUUUAAUGGUUGAUCUUUGGACUUCAUUUGCCAUUAAUGGAAAACCCACUUCAGCUUUGUUACAAGAUUCAAAUCUCUGGCAGCCUUAUGUGGAAAAUAAUGGUUUCCUUCAAAUUGGAAAUAUUUUAAACAAUACUGAUCCAACCGUCAAAAUGGAUAACAAUUACUUUUCGUCCCGCUUGAAUUUUUGGCGUGAAAAUUUUCCGAUACAAUUAUAAUUUGACUGAUUUUUCAUCAUUACUAUUUUUUAUUUUAUUAUUUUUAUUAUUGUUAUUACUAUUUUUAUUCUUCUUCUUAUUUUAUUUUUUUAAUACUAUUAUUGUUGUUUUAUUAUUAUUUAU